ACGUGUCAUUUGCAGACAGCUCGUUGGCGGCGUUGCGCAGGCUCUUUUUUCGUAAAAGUCGUGUUGGAGUGUUACUAAUGAACAAAAGUUGAAUGGUUUUAGUCGAAUUAAUCAGUUGAUAAUUUAGUUAGGAUAGUUAAAUCGCAAUAAAUCAAAAUGGGAAUUAAAUUCCUUGAAGUUAUAAAGCCGUUUUGCAGUAUAUUGCCGGAGAUAGCAAAACCAGAGAGAAAGAUUCAAUUCCGUGAAAAAGUAUUAUGGACUGCAAUAACAUUAUUUAUUUUCCUAGUAUGUUGUCAGAUACCCUUAUUUGGUAUAAUGUCAUCAGACAGUGCAGAUCCUUUCUAUUGGAUCCGUGUAAUCUUAGCAUCAAACAGAGGAACACUCAUGGAACUUGGUAUCUCACCUAUUGUCACAUCUGGUCUCAUCAUGCAGCUAUUAGCUGGUGCAAAAAUAAUUGAAGUUGGUGACACUCCAAAAGACAGGGCUUUAUUCAAUGGUGCUCAAAAAUUGUUUGGCAUGGUGAUAACAGUGGGCCAGGCGAUCGUAUACGUAAUGACGGGAAUGUACGGCGAGCCUAGUGAAAUUGGGGCUGGUGUGUGUCUGCUUAUCAUCAUCCAGUUAUUCGUCGCCGGUUUGAUUGUGCUGCUUCUUGAUGAACUCUUGCAAAAAGGAUAUGGUCUGGGCUCUGGUAUUUCACUGUUUAUUGCCACAAAUAUUUGUGAAACUAUCGUCUGGAAAGCAUUCUCACCCGCUACCGUCAAUACUGGUCGCGGCACAGAAUUCGAAGGCGCCGUGAUAGCGCUGUUCCACUUGCUCGCCACCCGCCCGGACAAGGUCCGUGCCCUCCGCGAGGCUUUCUACCGACAAAAUCUUCCUAACCUGAUGAAUCUCCUUGCCACAGUUCUGGUCUUUGCUAUCGUCAUAUACUUCCAGGGCUUCCGCGUGGAUCUACCAAUUAAAUCAGCGCGAUACCGCGGCCAGUAUUCCUCAUAUCCGAUCAAGCUAUUCUACACAUCGAACAUCCCUAUCAUCUUGCAGUCGGCGCUCGUGUCUAACUUAUAUGUUAUUUCUCAAAUGCUGGCGGUGAAGUUCAGCGGCAACUUCCUGGUGAACCUGCUGGGCGUGUGGGCGGACGUGGGCGGCGGCGGGCCGGCGCGCGCGUACCCGGUGGGCGGGCUGUGCUACUACUUCAGCCCGCCGGAGUCGCUCGCGCACAUCGCGCACGACCCGCUGCACGCGCUGCUCUACAUCGUCUUCAUGCUCGGCUCCUGCGCCUUCUUCUCCAAGACCUGGAUCGACGUCUCCGGCUCCUCCGCCAAGGAUGUCGCCAAGCAGUUGAAGGAACAACAGAUGGUUAUGCGCGGCCACCGAGACAACUCUAUGAUCCACGAGCUAAACAGAUAUAUCCCGACAGCAGCCGCCUUCGGUGGUCUCUGUAUCGGUGCGCUCUCUGUAUUGGCGGAUUUCCUCGGCGCCAUCGGUUCCGGUACUGGUAUCCUGCUCGCUGUCACCAUCAUCUACCAGUACUUCGAGAUAUUCGUCAAGGAACAAGCCGAGAUGGGCGGCAUGAGUACGCUGCUCUUCUAAAUAGUUUAAAUUCCACGCCGCGGCGAACGCUACGCUCAGAGCUUUCGUUUCGUAAGUUUUUUUUUAUUUAGUAUCGGGUGCAGCGUUUGCCCCGGCGCAGUGUGUGCGUAGCGUGUGUGGGUAAUGCUAAUUUAUAUGAAUUUAAUGAGGUGAACUUUAUAAUAAAAUAAUUUACGAGAAGUACACACGUUGUUUUUGUCGAACGUCCGCUGUUAGUCCUUUCGAGUAGUUACUUUUAUUUUUUUUUAUAUAUGUUGUUCUUAGUUUUUAAGCGUUCUUUAUAUAACUUAUUACGAUCCAACAUUGUUAAGUUAAUCUUACAAAACUUAAUUUUAUAUUUAAGUUUGUGUUGGAUGUUUUGUAAAAGACGUUGUAAAAUCAGUGAUUUGUAUAUACGUUGUGCGAGACACAUCACAUGUUGAGGUUGGACAGCUCAGAUUUAAUGUCAUAAAUUUAAUACACCACACAUGACAGUUAUAUAAUUAAAAUAUUUUAGAAUAAA